AUGUCCAGCAUCACCCACCGUAAGGCUAAUAAAACAUUCACAUUCACCACCCCGGCAGCAGAUGCUCUGAUCGAAGUGUUGAAUGAAUUCUACUGGACUAAUGAACUCGAACCACAUUUUCUAAGAAGAAAGCACAUAUUGGCCAAACACCCUGGUGUAAAAAAACUAACGGGUCAUGAACCACUUACGAAAUGGCUAGUGAUACUUGUGGUGAUUUUGCAGGUAUCAACUGCAUAUUAUUUAAAAGAUACUCAUCCACUCACAGUUAAAUUCUUCCUAUUGAGUUAUAUUAUAGGUGCUACUGCCAAUCAAGCCAUUUUCCUUGCUAUCCAUGAGCUUUCCCAUAACUUACUUUUCCGUAAGCCACUUCAUAACAAGUUGUUUGCCAUAGCAGUCAACUUGCCGAUUGGUGUUCCUUAUAGUGCCUCAUUUCAACCUUACCAUCAACUACAUCAUAAGUUCUUGGGUGACGAAUAUUUGGACACGGAUCUCCCCACCAAACUUGAAGGAAUGUUGUUUUCAAAUGUCUUGGGCAAGGUUUUCUUUACUACUUGUCAAAUUUUUUUCUAUGCUUUAAGACCAAUGUUCAUCACCCAAAUUAAGUUUACAUAUAUUCAUUUGAUCAAUGUGGUAUAUCAAAUCGGAAUUGAUUAUUUGAUCGUUACUUACUGGGGUUGGCAUUCCAUGUUUUACUUUUUGAUGAGCAGCUUCUUGGCCGGUUCAUGGCACCCUUGUGCUGGCCAUUUCAUCGCUGAACACUAUGUCUUGAAUGAAAAUAACAUUCCAAAACUUGAAGCAAAAGGCGAAGCAUCCAAAACGUAUGUUCCAAAAGAGCUCUUACCAGCAGAAACUUACAGUUACUAUGGUCCUUUAAACUGGCUUACUUGGAACGUGGGUUACCAUAAUGAACAUCAUGAUUUCCCUUAUAUUGCAUGGACUCGGUUACCAAAGUUAAGAGCUAUGGCCAGUGAGUUCUACGACCCAUUGCCACAAGUCCACAGUUGGACCGGGGUGAUUAUAUGGUUUGUAUUAAAUGACGUCAAUCUGUUGUGGAAUCGUGUCAAACGGUCUGGGAAAGAGAAAAGUGGUAAAAAGGUUGGCCGUUUAGACGUAAACUCCUAA